CAACGUCGGGUUUUCGAGACUAACGUAAGACGUCCGUCGGCUUUGGGCCCGAAGAGAACCAAAGGAAUGAGGGGAAUAAAGUGCUUGAAUUGUAAUGUUUAAUUGAUAAAACGUUGUCUGAAGACAUGGAUGACGUGGUCAAAAAUAAGCUUAAGAGCAAUGCCAAGAUUUACAGUAACACUUUGGAGCGAAUAACGUUAACCGUGCUAGCCAGAUGCCUGCUAGCAUUGUAACUAGCUAGCUAGCUAGUGUUCUUCUGACGAUGUGGUUAGAUAAUCAAACAUAUUAGCAAAGACACCCUAUUGAUGUUCUCUAACCCAGCUAGCGUUAGCUAACAAGUAGUAGUAGUAGCACAGAGCAGAGGCAAAUUUUUGAAAUCGUAUUAUUGUAACUAGCUAGUAGUCUCUCUCGCCAACUAGCCUUCUUUUACUGUCCCUCUUGAGGCCACGGGGCGAAAUGCACAAGCAAGCACCCCCCCAUCAAAUCAAAUGUUAUUUGUCACAUACACGUAUUUAGUAGAUGUUAUUGCGGGUGUAGCGAAAUGCUUGUAAGCAAUGUCACUCUACUACUAGGCCUGUAACAGAUGAAACCUCAGAUUGUGCCAGUAUUUACAAUUUUCUUUGACAACAGUAUUCAAAGCUGCAUGACAAUGGGACUGAGGUGAACCUGGAGGACAUAACACCCCAAGAGGUGAGAGUAUGCAUGGUCAAGUCAGAGUUGGAACUAUCAAAGCUGGGAUUGUCAAAGAGUGAUGUUGACCUGGUAGAGCUGUCACUGGGAGGCCACAGAACAUCAUUAGAGACUUCAAGAUGGACAUCUCAUACCACCAGGAUGAUCCCAACGAUGAUUGUGUAGAUGAGGGUGCUGGCCCUGUCAACAGUAAUGAUUCUGUUAUGCUGCAGAGAUCAGCCACUUGGUGGAUAAUUCCAAACUGAAUGGGACUAGGAGUAGCCUGUGGGGUGCGCCAGAGGAGCUGGAGCGCUCUCUGAGCAGUCAACGUAGCACUCUACUGGACCAGUAUCCCAGCAUGGUCAGCCAGGUAGGAGAGGCCUGGCGGCGCCAACAUAUGUCCGACGUGGCUGUAGGGGUUUUGAGGAGGUACCACAGGCUCAGGUGGUUCUCUAACAGAAACCUCAAUAACCGCAGCUUCAACAUCAGACCUGCUCACAGAAAGACUACCCUCAACAAUGGCCAAUCCUUUCUCCAAACACCUCAGAACACCAUACUGAAUACCAAGGUCAACCUCCAGGAAUGGCCAGCAGAGAGGCUGUCCCACAGGAAGGGUACAGAUUCAGGGAACGGACAACCGUCCCACCCUGUUCUAGUGAUGGACUUCUCCUCUGCAGGCUCCAGUCCUGCCUCCUCCCCUCCCUCUGCAGCCCCUCCCUUCUUUCUGCUCCCUCCUUUGCAGACUCCUCUCCUCCCUCCUCUGCAGCCUCCCUUCCCUCUUCUCUCUCCUCUGCAGACUCCUCUCUACAGGAGAGCCCUGAGCCGGAGGAGCCCCCCUUAAACCAAACCUUCAUGGUGUCCAUGCCGUCUUCCCCAUCCCCCAGGGUUAGACAUACUACCCUGGACUUCAGUCCUGCCAGAUCUGAAGACACCUUCACAGCAGGAGGGUUGAGCAGUCCAUCUCUUAGGAAGUGUGCCCUACCCACAUUUCCCCAUCAGAGGUUUUUCACAGCGGUAUGCCCUGUGGUCUGUAUGGAGAUGUCUUCAGACUACCGCUCCCCAGUAGCACAGAGCCCCUACAGAGCCAGACUGCUGAUCUGGGACGGCCAGCGUGCAGCAUCUAACGCCCACCAUAGAAGCCCCAAGUCAGACUUUGCUGGAUAUCAUCAAAGAAACACUGUGGAGCCCAGAUCUUCCCCUGAGUCUUCACCCUCCUCUAUUCAUAGGCCUCUGAUGCCAGCCAGGAAGCCCCACCACCUGGACUCCUGUAGUCGCUCCCAGCUGAAACUCCAAUCGUCUAGAUCAUCAUCUGAUCAUGAGUCUGGGGCAGGCCAGCCAAGGCUCCGGCGACACUAUUCCCUGGAUUCCUUCUCCCCAUCUGUCAGUCUCUUACAAAACUCUGAUAAGCAGAUUGACAAGGACUUCCAGAAGCUCUACCACAAGCUUGUCUGUCAGGGCAAAUCCUCCUCCUCCUGCUGUACCUGUGAGAGGAGAGCAGAGACCACCAGAGGAACCUCCUCUUCUGCUCUGGCUGCCCUGGCCCUGUCUCCUCACCACUCUGUCAUGAGGAAGCGUCGCAGGGAGCUGGUCCAAGAACAGUCCCCAGAGUCCAAACGUUACAGGGAUAGCUCCUUUGCGUACUCCCCAGGAUCCCUCCGCCAGAGGGUAGAAAUGUUCAGGUGCCAGAACCGCUCAGGCAGCCAUUUGUCCUCCAACCAGUGGGACAUCUCCUGUGACUCCCACAACUGGAGCCCCCGCAGGGCCAGUCUGGCUCAUACCCACCACAGCCCCCACCACCAACAUCACUCAUCAAAUGUAGCAGUCAGGAAAGCUGAAGGCUCCUGGCCUGGCCUGCAUGUUGAUCAGCACUCUCCUGCUUGGGAAAGUCAAUUGUCAAGGCAGAGUGCCAAUGUGGCUGUUUGCCAAGUUUCUCUAGGAGACAACUUCUGUAUAAAUGUCAACCCACAGAAAGGCUGUCCUGUCCUGCACCUCUACCUGAGUUUUUUUAUAUGCCAGAGUUGAAAACAUCUGCUGUUUAUCUGCAUUUGAAAACAUACUUAGGAUGUCCCAAUAACCAUGAACUAAUUUGUUAUAAUGAAAUGUUUAUGCAAUGUCUUUUUAUAUACAGUACCGGUCAAAAGUUUGGACAAACCUACUCAUGCAAUGGUUUUUCUGUAUUUUUACAUUGUAGAAUAAUAGUGUCAUUUUU